UAAUUAACCACGCCCUUUUAAACAAAAUGGCGUCCACGAGCAGUAGCGAUGGAAGUAUGGGUAGAAUCAAAUCUUAUAAGAAUAAAGGACUGGACGCGGAGGAAUUGAGGAGAAGAAGGGAAACUGAAGAAAUUCAACUUAGAAAAUCUAAAAGAGAUGAAGAAUUUUCAAAAAGACGUAACAUUUCUACAAUGUCCGAGAGUCCUUUUGGCGUCUCUGGAGAACAACGAUUUUUUGAAGAUACUCCAUUGGAGAUCAUAGCAAGAUCAGUUUAUUCAGAUAAUAUUGAUGAGCAAUAUCAAGCGAUCAGUCAUAUUAGAAAAUUAAUAUCAGUUGAGGAGGAUCCACCUAUAUCUGAUGUUAUUAGAAUUGGAGUUGUACCUAAACUCAUUCAAAAUCUUGACCACUCUCUUCCACCUGCAAUACAAUUUGAGAGUGCAUGGGUAUUGACUAACAUUGGGAGUGGCUCACACUAUCAGACGGUGACAUUAAUUGAUAUGGGGGCAGUCCCUAAACUAGUCUCACUAAUUACUUCACCAAAUUAUCUUGUCAGGGAACAAGUAAGUACAUGUACACUUAUUUUUUCAUAUUUUAGUGCUUUACAAGAUAAGGAGCUCACUCUUGCUUUAAAGGCCCAGUGCUGUUGGACUCUCUCUAACUUUUGUCGUGGAAAAACACCGCCUCCUAACGAUGCUAUAGUAUUCAAGUGUCUACCUUUCCUCCCACAAUUGAUAUAUUGUGAAGAGGCAGAAAUAUUAAGUGACGUCUGUUGGAGCAUAUCGUUCCUUUGUGAAGGAAAUAACGAAAGAAUACAGAGAAUAAUUAACUGUGGAGUUGUGAAGAGAUUGGUAGAACUAUUAAUGCAUCCCACAGUAGGCGUUAUAACUCCUUCAUUAAGAGCUAUUGGUAACAUAUUAACAGGAGAUGAUGUGCAAACACAAUUUGUCAUUAACUGCUCUGCUCUCCCUGCACUACAGCUAUUGUUAGACCAUCCGGUGUCUUCUAUUAGGAAGGAGGCUUGCUGGGCUAUCUCUAAUAUGACAGCUGGGAAUAAAGUUCAAAUACAAGCCGUUAUAGAUUGUAACAUAUUUCCUAAAUUGUUACAAAUUAUGGAAUUCAGUGAGUACAAGAUAAGGAAGGAAGCUGCCUGGGCUGUACUCAACACAACUGCUGGUGGGACUCCCUACCAAAUAAGAUAUCUUGCCAAUAUUGGCACUAUACCCAAACUCUGUGAUUUAUUAUCAAUCCAGGAUCCAAAGAUAUUACUAGUGACACUGGAAGGCCUUGAUAACAUACUGAAGAUAGGGCAAGAGACUGGCAACCAGUUUGCCACUCAAAUGGAGGAAUCUAAUGCUGUGGAAAGGAUCGAGAUUCUCCAAAAUCAUCCUCAGCCAAAGAUAUCUCACAUUUCGUCGAAAAUUUAUGAUCGAUAUUUCUCUAUGAGUCCAGACAGCACCUGCCCCUAAUAUUGGAAAGACACACACUCUCUCUCUUUCUUCAUUAAUAAUUAUUAUUCAUUUCAAUCAUUCAUCAUGUACUUUUAUACAAUAUCUUUUUCGUCCCUUGUGUGUGUUUGUGUGUGUUUAGUUGUUUAUUAUACUUUUAGCAAUUAUCAUUA